UUCUUGACAAUAUAGAGAGAUCAGAAAAGAUGACCAAAAGAAUAGUUUUACAUUGAUAAAAUCAACAAGUUUGAAGUUUUUGGGUUGAAUCAGUGAUAUGUCAAACUCAUCCCCAAUGGAUUUUUAACCAUCUGAAUUAUCCGAAGAAUUCUUGAUGUCAUCAGGAGAUUCCCGAUCUAGUUGAUGGAGGCACUUUGUAGGUAUUCAUCAGACCAUGCUAUUUCUUCAUGUCUUCCCCCACUCGCAUGUCAUCUCCAACCCUGAAGGCUCAAAGCCUUGGAGCUAUAGAGAUUCCAUGGAGAUCCCACAGCACUCCACCAAUGACAGCUUCUCUUAUAGCUGGUUGAUGAACGUCGUCAAGUCCCCCCUCGACUCCGCCCAGGAGGACGGCAGCUCCUUCAUCGAAGUGGAUCCCAAAGUGUUCUCCAGGCGUUGGAAGACCGACUCCCUCGAUUUCGACUUCCAUCUCCCUACCCCUCAGUCUUCUGCGCUGGUUCACGCAGAUCAGAUCAUCUCCGACGGCCUACUUCUGCCGCUCCACCUCGUCCACCCACCCACGGCCGCAGCCAUCUCCGAGUCUCCUGUGGACCCGGUUCUACUGAGAUCACUCUCGGUGGACUCAUCCAAAACGUUGCUCUCCCGAAGCAACCGGUUCCGGUCAUGCUACGACUGUGCAGCACCGAGACGGCCUAUGUCGUCCACUUCUUCGCCACUCUGCGGGCCACUGCAAAGCCUUCCUGCUUCUUCGAGCUCCGGCUCAUCGAAGAGCGAGUUCUCGACGAGCACCAAGCGGAAUUUACCUCUCUUUGGUGCCUCUGCAGGGUCUUCCAAGAGGUUCCUCGGGAAGUACUUACCCUUCCUGCUGCCUUUCUGUCGGAAGGUCAAGGGAUUGGUAUCGAUCAGGAAGACAAGGCGCUCCAGGUUGAGCUCGGCAGCAAGUUGCAUGGAGUCGAUCGGAUCAUCUUCGAGGCACAGUGAUGCGUUCUCGUGCUGUGAGUCGUAUCGCGGCAAGACGACGGUUGAUGCGGGCACUGAAACAGCUAUACACGACGCCGUCCUCCAUUGCAAGAAUUCUUUCAACAUGUCACGGUGAAAAAGGUUUAGCGAGUAGAGUUGUCUGUGCAACGCUUCUGUAUAUUACCAGACUCUCUAUGUUGGUGAAGGAUGGGAAGAGAAGAACAGCCGAGGAGGGCAUCUUGUUCCUGUGAUUUUUGUGCUUCCUGUCGUUUGUCAGAUGAUGAUCAUAUACUGAUGGAGUUGAAUGGCAUAAUUCUUCCUUUCUGAUGCAAGACUCAGCAACCUCUCCACCUCACUCCUGCAGGAAGACUAAUUCCAUCGGAAUAAACCCGGAGGUUCAACAGUGAUCAAAAGCACUCCUUUUACACGACUUCCAGGACACAAACCGCGGUCUGCAGAAUCUAACAUGAAGCAUAAGGCACAACAACAAGAAGCAGGAGCUAUUGUUAUUAAUAUUGUAGCUUAAAUUAGGAUCAAGUAGUGAAGGUUUGCCAAACACAGAAUUCAUGUUAAUCACUACUUGAUCAUCCGCGCAUCAGACUGAAGCGUGCAGAUGCAUUGUCUAUGGUCCCAAGAA